UGAAGCCUUGAUGUGGCUGGGGCCAGGUCUGUCUUCCAGCCUGGUUCCCUCGCCCAGAAGCGGGAGCAGGGCUGCUGGGCUGCUCGGGUGCUGGGGGCACUGACCCGUGGGCUGGGGCACGUGCUGCUUCCUGCCUCCUGCCUGGACCGUCGGCAUCUCCAGAGAACAGCGGCGGCUGCUUUGGCUCAGAGACGGUGACCUGCCCGCCGGUCACACAGCCAGGGACGUGCCCCCGCCCCCCCAGGCCCAGCCCAGAGGACUGCAGCGCUGUGGCCACACCCUGCCCGUCGGACCUGCGCCCAGCCCGGCCCAGUUAACCAGGCCAGCUGUAUGGUAAUGGGCAGUGCGGCCACUCUCGCUUAACACGGCCGAGUUAAGGCCGGCCGGGCGCCCCUCGCCCGCAGCCCGGGACAAAGCUGGCGGACAAUGCCUGGUGAUUCAUCCUCUGGCCGGGCCCUUUGUCCGCCAGGACUUGGCAGCCGCCCAGCGCAGGCCUUUGUCCUCGACUGAUUGAGACUUGGCUUCCCAAAGCCGACCUCCUCUGCCUGUCCCUGCACCACCCUCUGCCCCCUCCCCGGGGCCGGCGCUGUGUCAAUAAGGGUGUGCGCCCUGCCAGGUGCGCUGGGCGGGCCUGGAGCCGGUUACCUGGUGGGUGGGCGGGGCGCCCCACCUGGCUCGUGCCAGCACAGCUGCUAGGUGACCUUGGGCCCAGCUGUCGACUGGGGGGGUGAGGUCUGCAUAAGCCCCAGCCCUGUUUCCACUUAGGCAGGGCACUUGAGCCCCACUGUGUGCACGUGGGGAAGCUGAGGCCCAGGGAAGUGCAGGGAGUGGGCGUGACUAGUUGUAGCCGCUGAAAGCCCGGAUGCCCAGCCCUGGGCCGCUGCAGGGGCCCGGGGUCGGGGACACAGCUGCCUGUUCAAGGCCAUGUCUCUCCUUCCAGACGUUCAUUUUCACCGACGGGGAGGAUGAGGCCCUGGCCCGGCGCAUGGGCAACGUGGUCAACACUAACUGCUCGGCCGCCCACAGCCGGCAGGCCCUGUCCUGCAAGAUGGCCGUGGAGUAUGACCGCUUCAUCGAGUCCGGGAGGAAGUGGUUCUGCCACGUCGACGAUGAUAACUACGUCAACGUGCGGGCCCUGCUGCGCCUGCUGGCCAGCUACCCGCACACGCAGGACGUGUACAUCGGCAAGCCCAGCCUGGACAGGCCCAUCCAGGCCACCGAGAGGGUCAGCGAGACCAAGACGCGUCCCGUCCACUUCUGGUUUGCCACGGGCGGAGCUGGCUUCUGCAUCAGCCGUGGGCUGGCCCUGAAGAUGAGCCCGUGGGCCAGCGGGGGCCACUUCAUGAGCACGGCUGAGCGGAUCCGGCUGCCAGACGACUGCACCGUGGGCUACAUUGUGGAGGCCCUGCUGGGUGUGCCCCUCAUCCGCAGCGGGCUCUUCCACUCCCACCUGGAGAACCUGCAGCAGGUGCCCACCUCGGAGCUCCGCGAGCAGGUGACCCUGAGCUAUGGGACGUUUGAAAACAAGCGGAAUGCGGUCCACAUUAAGGGGCCCUUCUCAGUGGAGGCGGACCCAUCCAGGUUCCGCUCCAUCCACUGCCACCUGUACCCGGACACACCCUGGUGUCCCCGCACUGCCAGCUUCUAGCAGCCUCGGCUGAGACCCCGUCCCCGGGCGCCCCUGGUAUCCAAAGGGCCCGGGGACCCCUGUUGUGCCACCCUGGCCUUGUCAUUUGAGGCUCCCAGGGCUGUGCCUCCUUGAGUGUACUGUGUGCCCACCUGUGUGGCAGGCUGCUGGGCAGCUCUGCUCUGCCGAGGAGCUGGCACUGGUGUCCCUGUCAGCCUCUCCUGCUCCACAGGUCAGCGGGCUCCGGAGCCCAGGCCUGGAAGGAUUUAUCUGUCAGCGGCCACUGUGAGGACAGUUUAUAUCACUCGUGGGGUCUGUGGGCAGCGUGGGAGUCAGGGCUGCUCUGCCCGGCUGUGCAGGUGCCCGUCUCCUGCUGCUGAUACAGCCCUGUGCCCAGGCACCUGCCUCAGAGCCCCCAGGACCACUGAGCCCUACAAGGAAGCUGGGUUUUUGGGGGCAGUGGCCUGGUUACCUCCUCUGGCCCCUGCCCAGGUCCAGUGUCCCCAGGAAGCCCCCAGUGGCUGUGCAGCUGGGUGGACAGUGGCUCCCCCAGCCCUCUGGGCGGGGGUCUUCCUGGCCCUCUCAGAGGUCUUCUUCCCUUUGUCUCCCCGAGGUGGGGAGUCAGAGCUGAGCAUUUAGUCCCUCUCCAAAGUAGAGAGAAAGUCGCCCAUAGUGGGCGUAUCUGUAAAUAUUGUGACAGUAUUUUUUUACUGUGCUUGUUUUUCAGAAGGGGAUGGGUAAAAAGUAGGGUGUCUUGUCUUUGUUUUGGGGGGAUGGGGGAGGGUGUUAUUUUAUCUUUUCUGUGGAUCAGAAAAAGCAGAAGCCAGGCUGGGGAUCCCCCUUCGUGGCUGAAGCCGGAAACGUCUAACACUCCAAGUAUUUAUGUGUCCCGGUGUCCGGACUCUCCCAUCGGACCUGCCUCCCGCUGCCGCCUCGCACACCUAGCUGGGCGCGUGUCCUGUCUCCUGUUUUUCUUUCUGCAAAGACAUAGCUAGGAAAGUGAGCGAUAAGGGAAAAGUUCUCAGGGAAUGGCAGUGUGGUUGCUAUGGUGAUGUCCUUGGCUGUGAAUAAAGAUGCUCUUUGGGGCAGUG